UUUCAAAAAAUUUGUAUAUUGCGGAUGGUGUUUUAUAAUCGUGCUAUCUUAUCUACUGAUAAUAUUAUCCAUCAUUUGGUAAAGAAAUUUAGUGUUUAUCCAACUCAAUGGAUGCAUUAUAAAACAGAUGUAUCAAACACAGUGUAUUUACAUACAGAAGAAAAGAAUAACAAUCAAAAUAGUUCAUUUCAUUUGAAUGCAUCAGAUGUUCAUACAAAAUCUAUGAAAAAAAAUUUGCAUAAUUUUUUAUCACAACGUAAGAAGCAGACAAUUAUAUAUUUAAUGAAUGAUGAAGUAGCCAAGCAAUUUGUUGUAUUAAUUAAAGAUGAUCUAUUAAAAAAUAUGAAACAAGUAGUAGAAAUAAAUCCAGGUUUAGGUCUUUUAACAAAAGAAUUAUUGCAAGCCAAUGUACCAUUCAUACAUUUAUAUGAAAGUAAUACUCAGUAUAGUGAUUCCUUAAAUAAUUUGAGUGAAAAAUUUCCCAAUCGAUUGAGUUUAAAAAUAUUUAAUACAUGUAGUUUAUCAAAAUUGCUGUCUGAUAUUACUGUAAAUACUGAUGACAAAUUAUUAAGUAACAUACAAAAGAAGAAAUGGGAAGAAAGUUGUGUACAAAUAGUUGGAGCAACGAUACAAUCUGCUUUUAUAAGAAAUUUAAUAGGAUGUACAAUAUUUCAAACAAGUAUUAUGAUGUAUGGAAGACCAACCUUUUAUUUUGCGAUACCAAUGUCUAUUUAUAGGAAACUCGUACACCCUAAAAGAUCAACAGCUAUUUAUAUUAUAUUUAAUACAUUAUUUAAUUUGCAAAUUUUUGGAACGGUGGACAGAAAAGCAUUCUUACCACAACAUAAAAGUAAAAAUACGAAAAGCUCAAAGUUACGAACGAACGAAGAUUGUUUAUUAACUGUAGUUAAGAUAGAACCAAAGCCAGAUUUAUUUACACUGUUUAAGUCUAGAAAAGAUUUAAUAUAUUUUUGGCAUUUUGUUCGACAUAAUUUUUAUAAACCAUCAACUAAAGUGAUACCCACAUUGGAGAAAAUAAUACCAGAUUGCGGUGUAAAAUUAAUAGCACAGAACUAUAAUAUAUUCACCCAAUUUAGUGAUCUGACCCCUACUCAAGUCUAUGAUCUUUUUUUUCAACUUCAAUCUUGGCCAGGGUUUGAAGAAAGUACAUUUGUGUUAAGUGCAAAUGAUAUUAAAAACUUAUAUGAUCCAUAUUUAGAAGAAUAAAAUGCCUAUGGUUGCCCUUGAGAAGUCAGGGUCAUUUCAGGUCAUUGAAAGGAAAACAGAACAUUAAAGAUACAGUGUUAUCUAUGUUUUCACUGA